GUUACAGGGAUUUAUGACCGGUAAGAUUAAUGAUGUCAAGUACAGUCCAGUCAAGAUUUACCUUGGUGCCAAACCACACAUAGAUGCUCUUUCCUUCUAGCAAUGGAAGUUUCAGUGGCUGGUUUUGCACUGAGCGUUGUCCUUGUUGGCCUACUGAGUUGUUCAUGGAGUGUACUCAACUGGGUGUGGCUGAGGCCAAAGAGACUUGAAAGAUUGUUGAGACAACAAGGCUUUCAGGGAAAUUCCUACAAGUUUUUCUAUGGAGACGUGAAGGAGAGUUCUGCAAUGUUGAGAGAAGCAAAAUCUAAGCCAAUGAAACUCUCGACCUGUCAUGAUAUAGCCCCAAGAGUCAUCCCGUUUGUGCAUCGAACUGUCAACAUCCAUGGCAAAAAUUCUUUCACUUGGCUUGGUCCCAAACCAAAGGUGAACAUUACUAAUCCAGAAGAUCUGAAAGAUAUCUUCACCAAAUAUGAUGAUUUUCCGAAGCUAGCACCCAUUUAUAAAAAGUUGCUAGCAGCAGGAUUUGCAACAGAUGAAGGUGAAAAAUGGGCUAGACACCGAAAGAUUAUCAACCCAGCCUUCCAUAUGGAGAAGCUAAAGUCUAUGUUACCAGCGUUUCACCAAAGUUGUAAUGGGAUGAUUAAAGAAUGGGAAAGCUUGGUUUCCAAAGAGGGUUCAUGUGAGUUGGAUGUUUGGCCUAGUCUCCAAAGUUUAUCAGAUGAUGUGCUUUGUCGAACAUCAUUUGGAAGUAGCUAUGAAGAAGGAAAGUAUAUAUUUGAACUCUUGAAAGAGCAGGCAGUACUUUCAAUAAAAGCUUUACAAAGUGUUAACAUUCCAGGAUGGAGGUUUGUACCAACUAAGAUGAACAAGAAGAUGAUGUUGAUUGAUAAAGAAAUUAAAUGUUUACUCAAGGGAAUUAUAAAUAAAAGAGAAGAGGCCAUUAAGGCUGGUGAACCCUCUAAAGACGACCUACUAAGUCUACUUCUGGAAUCCAAUCUCAAGGAAAUUCAUGAACAUAGGAACAACAAAAACUUUGGGUUGAGUAUUGAAGAAGUUAUCGAGGACUGUAAGCUGUUUUACUUUGCUGGGCAAGAGACAACCGCGGUGCUGCUUGUUUGGACAAUGAUUUUACUUGGCCAAUAUCAGAACUGGCAAACUUGUGCGCGAGAAGAGGUUCUACAAGUCUUUGGAAGCAACAAACCAGACUUUGAUGGGUUAACUCACCUAAAAAUUGUGACCAUGAUUUUACGUGAAGUUCUCCGAUUAUAUCCAGCGGCAGUCGUGAUUUCUCGAAACACUUACAAGGAAACGCAACUUGGAAAAUUAUCUUUACCAGCUGGAGUCGAAAUCUCAUUGCCCAUACUCCUUGUUCACCAUGACGAAGAAUUGUGGGGUGAUGAUGCAAAGGAGUUCAAGCCAGAGAGAUUUGCAGAAGGAGUUUCAAAGGUUACAAAGGGCCAACUUUCAUACUUUCCCUUCGGAGGUGGUCCACGGGUUUGCAUUGGUCAAAACUUUGCUAUGAUUGAAACAAAACUCGCCUUAUCAUUGAUAUUACAGCACUUCACCUUUGAGCUUUCUCCAUCCUAUGCUCAUGCCCCUUCCUCAAUAGCAAGUCUUCAGCCACAAUAUGGUGCUCAUCUCAUUUUGCAUCAACGUACGCUGAUUGGUAAUGAAUUUUGA